CCAUUCCCACUCCUUUUCCGUUCACAAUCGUCUCACGGUAUUCAGCCUUCAGCUUUUUCUUCAACGCCUUCCCAAAGUGUCCUGUGCCUGCGGUCCAACUUGUCAUCCUCGGCUUUCCGCGUCGGCGAUCAGCAUUUUUGUGAUCUGCGACAACACCACUCCGCGUCCUUACAUACUGCUUACGUGUCUUCACGAAAACCAUGGGCGAGCUUUUCUGAACAGAUACGACCCAAAGGACUCUGACUCCUCUGUCGCGUGUAUCUCACGCUCAUCAAUCAGAUAAUUUUGGGAAAGGAUUGUUUGUUUCGCGCGAAGCUCUCAUCGCCAUAAUCAGGCCGAGGGUCGGUCGGUGGAGACGUCAAACCCCACUUCGCCUCUAUAUCCAGCCGCAGACUUAGCCAAUCCGGAAAGAGCACCAGGGGAGACGUAUAACUGCAUAUCCGCCGUCCGGCACUUUAUUACAAACUCCCUAGUCUGAAUCUGCCACCCGUGGAUCGCCAUCCCUUUGUAUUUACAACGACAUCCUUCCAGCGACGCCCGCCUCUUUCCCUCUAAUCAUUAUGGCCAAUGCCACUCAGCGACAAGACUUGCAAGAUGGCCCUGCAAAUCGGUCCUCAUCUUCCACGGCACUUCCUUCUACUCUUUCGAUGACUCCCACCGCUCAAACUGUCUCUAACGCAAAUCUGCCACAUCAAAAUGAGCAUUCCCGACCGAUAACGAGGAGGCUCAAACACAUGUUUGAGAAUCAGAAAUAUGCCAUCUUUAAUGCGAUGGUGGUGCUCCAUGAGGUGAACAAUGUACCGCAAUUACAAGGAGGAUUCGCAGCAGAGUGGAAGUUUCGGGGGAAGCGCCCUAAAGGAAGGGAUUCAUUGGAGCUUCAAGAGAACACUCAUACUGGUCCCAAGAUAAAGCCUUCUCUUCCUAAUCUGAGAUUAGCAAAUCCCUCGACGUCUUCCAUCUCACUCCUGACCUCAUCUACAUCAUCAUCUAUAGCUGUUCCGCCUACGCCUCGAUCCUUGAUAUCCCAUGACGGUCGUCGACUACGUCCUCCCAAUAAAGCCCUCUCUCUCCCCCCAGCCUCGUUAGGUGAAAACUCUACUCAACCAGAGAAAAAAAAAUCGGAUCCAACUCCUCUCAAACAAUUUAUCACUUCAAGCCCCAAAGGCGGGACACUUCCACCUGUAGAGUCUCCCCGGUUGGUGGAAGAACCGGAAGGGUUAUUUGAUGAUAUUAGCUCACGAGAGGGGGAUAUGGAUGAAGUGAAUAGCAGAGAUAGCAAAAGCAAUGAAGUCAGCAAACAACCAAGCUGGGGUUCAAAAUCAUCAAACAGCCAGGAAAACGGAGGUCCUCAGGUGAACAUUCGCAAACCGACUUCUGCUUCCCCAUCAACCCCCUUUCUUCCGAACCAACAGUCCAGGCAGAAUCAUCUCUCUGUUCCAUUUCCUCGAGCAGUGGGAACCAAUCAUCGCCUGCCGGCGCCCGUUCGGUCAGGUACUACUCCAUCAUACUCCAGCCUUCUCGAUCCGGCUGAUCCUGUCGAUUUACAUAGGCCUAUGAUGCCUCACAGGUCAGCGUCUAUUGCAACUGCCAAUACCAGUUCUAGUGACACCACAGACUGGCCGCUUGAAGAGCAGAAAAGACCAAUAACACGGCGCUUGAGAUCAUCUUCUGGGCCUGGACCUUCUAAGUUGAGGUCCAAGGACGCCGACUCAAUUUCCACGCAUAGAAAGGGUGAAACCCCAAUACAGCCUUUGAAGUCUCAUUGCUGCAAAUGGGAUUUUGAGCUUCGACAUGUUAUCCGCUUUCCUCUAAGCAAGUCUCCAUCUUCUGCAGCCACAAAAGGGGGGCAACCAACUCUAAUUCUAGGUAACGGGCCGACGUCGGAUUCCGGUUUGGAACUCACAAUCUUCCAGUAUCCUGCCAAACCUCAAGCUCAGCAAGCAUCAUCAACACCUUCACCAUCACUUAGUGGCGAAGGAUCAUCUCCCAACAUUUCACAGUCUACCGUUCAAUCUGUUGCAUCAGGACUAAGUGCAGUAGCCGGUAGUAAUACCAAGAAGAAGGAUGUGAAGCAAACACGGAAAGAAAGAAGAUUAGAAAAGUCUCCCAUCAAGUUUGGGAUGAUUGACAUUGAUCUGGCACCAUUUGCAGGAAAAGGUCGGAUGACAAGGAGAUUUCUGUUGAAAGGGAGUAGGACAAAUGCCACUGUUAAGGUGACAGUGGAACUGCAAUGGGUGGGAGGGGAGAUGGAUUGGGUCGCUCCGCCUAUGCAGGAAGGACAUCACAUUACAGGGGUGGGAGACCUGAUGGCUGAUAAUCAUGAAAGUAUUCGAGGGGACCUCCGUCUCAUCAAAUCUCCCUCUGGCUCAUCUUCGGGGUCAUCCAAUGCUCUCGAGCGAACACGCACGAACUUGACAGCAAUAACUUCUUCCUCAUAUUAUUCAUGGAGGGGUAAUCACAGUGUUCAAUCUCUGGGUCUGACUCGUACGCAGACUUCAGCGACUCAUUAUGAACCAUAUGAGCACCAUCUUCAGAACGAAUCUUCGAUCUACACUCCACCUCGCGAAACGGGCAGUCCUCGGAGAUGCUCGUCUCGUUCCCAAGAUCGCCAAAGUAAUCGCAAUACUCCCUCUCCCCAUCCUGGGGAUAGUUCUCCUGCCAGUUCGCACCCUGACGUACCACAAACAUCUUCGCCACAACCAUCCCCCUUGAUCCCUUCCUUACAAGAUUUCUCUCACCGCUUUCAUCGGCACCAUACCCACCACCUGCGCCGCGGGCGUCCUGCCAGACAUUCAGACAUGCAUGAUCUCCCUCCUGAAACGAUCAUUGAGGCCAUUUUCAAUCCUCAUCCGGCCGCCCAGGCAGGCCCAUUCACCUAUGUGCCUGCUGAGUAUUGUGAUGCAGAGGGAGAGGAUGACGUUGUGGAGAGGAUGGUGAUGGACGCGAAUGACGACGUUGAGGAGGAAUCACAGCCGGAGAAACCUGCAAAGAAAGAAGGUCGAAGGCUGGGCUGGAUAAGAGGAAGGGGAAGGCAAGAAAAGACGGGGCGUACGAAGGGAAAUGUCUUGAAUCAGAGGGCAGUGUCACGUUGAUACUAGUUUUUAAUCGAAAAAGGGCCACGAAAUCAUCAAAUAUAGAAUUAGUUCUUAGCUAUAUAAUGGCCUCAUAUCUCCUUAUACCGGAGUUUUCAUCUCAAGCUUUCUGCACGUAUGUUGUAGCUUUAUAGCAUGAACCACGUAUCCCAUAGCGGGCGCUUUGUCGG